AUGAAUGGGACAGAAGGCCAAGACUUCUACGUGCCCAUGUCCAACAAGACCGGGGUGGUGCGGAGCCCCUUCGAGUACCCCCAGUACUACCCGGCUCAGCCCUGGAAGUUCUCAGCACUGGCUGGCCACCAGCUCCGGACAACUCUAAACUACAUCCUGCUGACCCUGGCGGUCGCCAACCUCUUCAUGGUCUGUGGAGGCUUCACCACCACCAUGUACACCUCGAUGAAUGGGUACUUUGUCUUUGGAGUAACAGGCUGCUACCUCGAAGGCUUCUUUGCCACACUGGGCGGUGAAAUUGCUCUGUGGUCUCUGGUGGUCCUGGCUAUCGAAAGAUACGUAGUGAUCUGCAAGCCCAUGAGCAACUUCCGCUUCGGGGAGAACCACGCGUUCCUGGGCGUUGCCUUCACCUGGAUCAUGGCCCUGGCGUGUGCGGCUCCGCCGCUCUUCGGCUGGUCCAGGUACAUCCCCGAGGGCAUGCAGUGCUCGUGUGGGAUCGACUACUACACUCUGAAGCCAGAGAUUAACAACGAAUCUUUCGUCAUCUACAUGUUCGUUGUUCAUUUCAUGACUCCUCUGACGAUCGUGUUCUUCUGCUAUGGGAACCUGGUUUGCACUGUCAAGGAGGCUGCUGCCCAGCAGCAGGAGUCUGCCACCACCCAGAAGGCAGAGAAAGAAGUGACCCGCAUGGUCAUCAUCAUGGUCAUCGCCUUCCUGAUCUGCUGGGUCCCCUACGCCAGUGUCGCGUUCUACAUCUUCACCAACCAGGGGUCAGACUUCGGGCCCAUCUUCAUGACCAUCCCAGCCUUCUUCGCCAAGAGCUCUGCCAUCUACAACCCUGUGAUCUACAUCGUAAUGAACAAACAGUUCCGUAACUGCAUGAUCACAACCCUCUGCUGCGGCAAGAACCCCCUGGGCGAUGAGGACACGUCUGCUGGAAAGACAGAGACCACCACCGUCUCCACCAGCCAGGUCUCUCCUGCAUAGGCCCCACCAGUCCCUGGG